AUGGCCGACCUGCGAUUCGCCUCCCUCAAGACAGACCCCCGCUUCAGGAGGUCCAAGCAGAAAAACCUCAAGGUCGAGAUCGACGAGCGCUUCAGAGAUGUUCUCGAGAGCGAAGAGUUUGGAGGCAAGGGGCCUGGACGGGCCAAAGUGGACAAGCGAGGACGCGCUGUAGCGCCCUCUAACCAUGCCGACCAGAUCAAGCGCUUCUACCGCAUGAAAUCGCCAGAAGCCGACGAAGAGAAGGAGGGCUUUGUGGAUUACGCUCGAGGCGGAGGAGCUCUCGAGUCUUCCGGCUCUGAAGACGAGGGCGAAGAAGACAGCGAGGUGGAAGAGGAUGAGCUCGUGCUUGGUGCCAAACGCCCAAACAGAUUGCCCAGCUAUAGCCCGUCAGACUCUGAGGACGAGUCUGACGAUGACCAUCUCCACAUCGACCUCUCAGAAGACGAGGCCACCUCUGCGUUCCCUCCCGAGGCGGACGAUAUCCCCGACGACGAGUCUGAGGCCGAGCCAGUCGACCCUUCCAAGCGCAUUGCUGCUGUCAACCUCGACUGGGACAAUAUGCAGGCCUCCGACCUCUUUGCCGUCUUCAACUCUUUUCUAUCUCGCCCCGCCAUUAAGGGUGAAGCCAAGGCUCCUUCUGCGUUGGGCAAGCUCUUGAAUGUCAAGAUCUACCCUAGCGAGUUUGGCAAAGAGAGGAUGGCAAAGGAAGAGACCGAAGGCCCAGGUGGCGGUAUUUUCAAGAGCGACAAGAGAAAGAAGGAUGUCAAGAAGGCGCGAGCUGUGAUCACUAGGGAAGAAAGCGGCGACGAAGAUGAAGAGGAGCAAGGGGAGGGUGAAUAUGGGAGUGAUGACGACGAAAGCGACGAGGAGUUUGAUUCCGAGCAAGGCGAAAGCGAUGGCGACGACUAUGAUGGCCCAGCCCCCGUCUCGAACGCCCACAAGCGCGAAGAGAUCGAUGGGCUAGAAAUCAUUUCGGACGUCGAGUCUGACGCCGCCUCGGACGCGGGCUCUGAGGAUAUCAACAUGGACCAGCUGCGCCAAUAUCAGCUGGAGAGACUACGAUAUUAUUACGCCAUCGCUACCUUCAGCACCGUCGCUGCCUCUGAAUACAUUAUGAACGAGUGCAACGGCACAGAAUUUGAGCAAACUGCAAACUUGCUGGACCUGAGCUAUGUGCCCGAGGAUAUGACCUUUGACGAGGACUCUGUCAAUGACAAGGCCGACAAGGAGCCCAAGGGAUACAAAGGCAACGACUUUGUCACUGACGCCCUGCGACAUUCCAAUGUCAAGCUCACUUGGGACCAAGACGACCCCAACCGAGUCAAAAUGACCCGCCGAACUCUUACUCGCGACGAGAUUGAGGAACAAGAUUUUAAAAACCUCGUCGCCUUUUCCGGGAGCGAGGCCGAAGAGUCUGAUUUCGAGGAUGAGAAUGACGCUGCGGGAAAGAAGAGGGUGGACAAGAAGAAGGCGAUGAAGGAGAGGAAGGAAAAGUUGAGAAACUUGUUGCUGAAUGGUGGGGACGACGACGAUGGGGCGGAUACCGUCGGUGGUACCAAGAAGCCCAAGUCCAAGGCAUCCGACGACCUCGAAAUCACCUUCCGUCCCGGUCUCUCCACUGCCCCGGGCGUUGAAGAAGACAACUUGACAUCGUUGGAAAAAUACAAGUUGAGGAUGAAGGAGAAGAAGCAGAGGAAGAAGGAAAAGAUGGAGCUCAAGGCUGCGGCCAGGGAUGGCAGCGGCGAUGAGGGCAAGGAUGGUGGCAAGGACGCGUUCUUUGGGAGUGAUUCAGAGGGUGACGAGUCUGAAGAAGAGCGGCCACGUACCGCAGCCGACUCCAAGCUCAAGCCCAAACCCAAAUCAAAGGCUCUCGAGCCGACCGUUCAUGAGGAGGACGACCUGUCCGGCCUUGUGGGCUCUAAUGAGCCCGAUACCAAUUUCUCAAUGAAGGAUAUCGUCAAAUCCGAGAAGGAGUCUGGCUCAAAGAGAAAAAGGAGAAGGACAAAGAAGGGAGAGGAGAGGGAGAAGGAGUUGGGGCAAGAGGGUUGGAAGAUUGACGUCAAAGACAACCGUUUCAAAGCCCUUCACGAGGAGCCCGAGUUUGCCAUCGACCCUAGUAACCCUCACUUUGUCAAAACCAAGGCCAUGCAGGACCUCUUGGACGAGCGCACACGUCGACGCAAUACGCAGAAGCACUCUGAGCCCGAGGGACGCAAAUCUGCCUCUGGCGUAAAAAAUGUCGAGGACAAGGAGAGGAAUCUGGACAGUUUGGUCGAGAGUGUGAAGAGGAAGAUGGACCAGGGUCAGCAGAAGGCCAAAAGAAAGAGGUCCAGAAAGUGA